AUCUAUAAACAGCCCGCAAUUAGAGGAAGCUAGCACUCAAACUCAAAUCACUUAACGAUACUAUUAAUCCAGUAAUAUCUCCAGUGAUGUCUCCUUCUACUUCAAUUCCAAGGCUAGCAUUCUCUCUAGCGCUAGUGUCCUCUUCUUUCCUCAUAAGCUUUUCCAGUGCUGGUAGCUUCACCGAUAACAUCAGAAUCAGUUGGGGCGAUGGCCGAGGAAAGAUUUUCGACAGCGGGAAGCAACUAUCUCUAUCUCUGGACCAGUACUCUGGCUCUGGCUUCGAAUCCACGCACGAGUAUCUCUACGGCAGGCUCGAUGUCCAGAUCAAGCUUGUCGCUGGAAAUUCUGCGGGCACGGUCACCACAUUUUUCUUAUCAUCGCAAGGACCGACACACGACGAGAUUGAUUUUGAAUUCCUCGGGAAUGUGACUGGAGAGCCUUAUACUCUGCACACCAAUGUGUUUGCUCAGGGGAAGGGCGACCGAGAGCAGCAGUUUCACUUGUGGUUCGACCCCACCAAGGAUUUCCACACUUACUCCAUUCUCUGGAAUCCACAACAUGUUAUGUAAGUAACUAACUCGAUCGCUCAAUCAAUUCAAUAUACGGAAAAAAAUCCUAAUGACUGC